CUCAAGUUAUGCCAAUUGGAAUCACCCAUGUUGCUUCGUGUCAAAAAAAGAAUUUUUCAUUAACAAAAUUCACUCGUCCGUGGCUUCAAUUUGUGAUUUUUAAGAUUGAACACGACUAUAUAUAGUGUUGCUAACAUAGACAGAAGAACAAAAUGUUUCUGUGGGAUUGGUUUACUGGAAUGCUGAAUUUUCUAGGCCUGAUGAAGAAGUCAGGAAAGCUCGUGUUUUUGGGCCUGGACAAUGCAGGGAAGACCACUCUGCUACACAUGUUGAAGGACGACCGAAUGGCCCAGCAUGUACCCACCUUGCAUCCAACGUCUGAGGAGCUUUCCAUGGGCGGGAUGAGGUUCACCACAUUUGACCUUGGUGGUCAUCAGCAAGCACGAAGAGUUUGGAAGGACUAUUUCCCUGCGGUGGAUGGCAUUGUUUUCCUGGUGGAUGUAUUUGAUAGACAGCGAUUUAUUGAAGCUAAGGCAGAGUUAGAUAGUUUGCUUACAGAUGAGCAGGUAGCCAACGCGCCCGUGUUGAUACUGGGCAACAAGAUCGACAUACCAGGGGCGGCCAGUGAAGACGAGAUCAGGGCAAUGUUCGGACUCCAUGGGCAAACCACUGGCAAGGGAAGCGUUUCUCGCAGCGAACUCCCUGGCCGGCCGAUGGAAUUGUUUAUGUGCAGUGUUUUAAAACGACAAGGAUACGGGGAGGGCUUUCGCUGGCUGGCUCAAUACAUCAACUGACAUCUGUGCUGACUUAGUGCUAACUAUCUUCAUCUAUAAAUUUGUGAGAAAUCUGUCGGAAUUGUAGAUAUAACGAGUUACUUUUGUUUGUAUGUGUGGAAUAAUUGAUUUACAAAAUGACCUAGGUUUAACUUUUUUCUGUCGUUUUUUAGAAGCAAAGUUAUUUGGCUAAUGGUUUCUUUUUGUGGAUAUAAUAUGUUGGUAAUUUGUCAUUGCUUUUUUUAAAGAGAUGCUUUUCUGGUAAAUCUCUAUUUAACAUAAAUAAAUACAUUAUGGAAUGAAAUACCAUGCAAAUGGUAACUGUAUGUAUGAAAGGUGAAAUGUAAAUCAAUUUCUAUUUUUGAUUUUCAUUUUGUGUGUGUAGUUAAAUGUUAAAUUAGGUUAUGACAGAAUCAAGUUCUGCUACAGAUAAAUGUUAACUAUUUAAUUUAUAUUGUUUCAAAUUAAACCAGUGUCUUAAUAUUUUAUGAGCAGUUUUUGCUUAUCUGAAGCUGCAUAAGUUGACUUCCCAAAUCAGUGGCUUUUGUGAAAAGUAUACUAUGUGAUAAUCAGUGACAGGAAUGUGUUUUAAAAAUAUACUGCAGGCAUG